AUGAAGAAUAAAUUUAGAAAUACAGACUCUGUGAUACGUGCCGGUGAUCUCAUAUUGACAGAACAACCCUUUGUAUUUGUUUUGUCAUCUAAGGAGAAAGGGAGUCGAUGUGAUAAUUGUUUGGAUAAGGGCAAAGUACUGAAAUGUUCAGGAUGCCAGUUUGUGCACUACUGUGGGCGCUCAUGCCAGAAAGAUGCUUGGCCAGAUCACAAGUGGGAGUGCGGGAACUUGAAGCGUGUAGCACCCAAGGUGAUUCCUGAUGCGGCAAGAAUCCUGGCUAAGAUCAUCAACAAGCUGAGCAGGGGCGAUGGACAUUCGCACCGGGCGUUCUAUUCGGCCACCUCGUUUAGGAUGUGGAAGGAUCUUAUGUCACAUUAUUCAGACCUGAAAGCUGAUAAGAGGAGAAUGGACCAUUUCACAUCGCUAUGUGUAGUACUCUACGAGUUUUUAAAAGAUUUGUCUCUGCCAAAUACUGUUGAACUCAUGGGAUUGUAUGGACGGAUGGUGAUUAACAGCUUUACUAUUCUAGACACGGAUUUGAAUUCGAUCGGCACGGGUGUGUAUUUGGCCGCGUCCAUUCUGGACCACAGUUGCGACCCGAACGCAGUAGCCACGUUCGACGGGAAGACGAUCAGCAUCAGGUCGACGAUAGACAUGCCUUGCUUGGAUUGGUCUCAGAUAAGAAUUUCGUACAUAGAUUUAAUGAAGACACCUUACGAGAGGCAAACUGAAUUGUUGGACAACUACUACUUCUUGUGCCAGUGUGACAGGUGCAUGGAUGAAACGCAACUGAAAAUGGUUCAUUCUGCUAAGUGUCUCAACGACUCCUGUGAUAACCCCGUAGCUAUAAAUUGGAAAGAAAAUUGCCAGCUUGUUCGAAAACCAGACAAUAACAAACUAGAAGAAUUGUCUUCCAUGAAUGGACACUCGGAUUCCAUUGAAACAAUUAACAAUCAAAAUGGCAUAGCAGACCAAUUUGGUGAUGUGAACAGUAUAACUGCUACAGAUAAUGUAGUACGCUGCAAUGAAUGCGGAACCAAAUACACUGAAAAAUAUCUGGAGCAAUUCGUAAAAGCUAUGGAAUUCACCGAAAUGCAUUUACAGAACAUGAAAGAAGCUUCAGUGGCCUAUGUUGAUGUCUGCAAAUACUGUUUAGAGCGACAAGAGGGAGUUCUUCACCCAUUGAAUGUGAUGCAUGCACAAACUCUAGAUCAUGCUUUCGAUGCCUUUUUGCAAGUUGAACUCUGGCAGAAAGCCUGCGAGUAUGCUGAAAGAUUGAUUCCUUGUUUUAGGUUCUAUUAUGGUGAUCGACAUCCACUACUUGGACUACUAUAUUUGAAGUAUGGAAAGAUACUUCUGUAUACAAUGGAAUUAGAUAAAGCAUUAAUUCAACUCAAGUCUUCUGAGAAAAUUUUGAAAAUCACUCAUGGUGAUAAACAUCCCUUGUACAGAGAACAGUUGAUGCCUUUAAUCAGACAAGCAAUGAUCGAGUCAUCACAGUGA